ACCGUAGGCCACUGACAGAUAAUUACAUAAAUUAACUAGUUAUAGUUAUAUAAUUCUGAUUAAUAUAAUAAUUCGACAUUACAUUGGCGGUUUUAUUUUUAGGCGCCGCGGGGGGCAGUGGCGCGAAGGUGACCGGCGACGUCACAGACACGUGUCGAUCACGUGACCGCCGGAGCCGCCGCUGCUGCUGCUGCUGAAGUUUCUAUGAUGGCGGCCAGUAAUUAUUAUGGAUUCACACAUGCAGCUGCUGCUGCCGCCGGCCCGCAGUACAGCACCCAGCCGCCUCCAGCAUAUUCCCACCCAACCACGGGCAGCUAUAACGUCCAGCCCGCCCCCGGAGUUGCCCAUACGGUGACGGCCUCGUACCCUGCGGCCACCGCCCAACCAGCACGUCCCGCAGUGACAGCCCCCUACCCCACCUACCAGCCCCAUCCUGCCCCCAACUACGGCUACCGCCAGCCCGAAACGCCCCCGCAGCCGACAACCACCCCUCAAACCUACCAGGUGUUGACUGAACCGGAGAAUUAUACUUACGGCCGACCGCCGUCGGUCAGCAGCUACGAGAACAAGCAGUACUUUCAAACGAGCAUCGCACCUGCGCAGCGAACCGCAACAGAGGCCUACUUCCAGACAGGUGUCACUGAUACCAUCUUUGCCUUUUCAGGGCUGAAAAGUGGCUACAGCCCCGUGAGCACAGUGUACAGUCAGCCGCCUGUUCAAAGACAGGUCGCGGCACUCAAACCCCCUCCCACCGCGAGCUCGGUGUCCUCGAGCUACACCAUCUAUCCCACCUCCACCAGCGUACAGCAAACUCCAGCCCCUAUAUCCACUUACACCCACAGUUCUUCCUUCAACUCCACAGCUGCUACGUCCUACUCCGCUGGUCUCAGCUAUUCCAGCUAUGAGUCUAGCGGUUACACGUCCGCACCGUCGUACUUCCAGCCGACGCAGUUGGCGCCUCCGCAGGCACAGCCUCAACCUCCUCUGCAGCAGCCGCAACAGCCGCCGCCACCACCGCCACAGCAGCAAACGCAACAACCUCCCAAACAGCUCGCCAACUCGUCCUGGAGCAACACUGCGGUCACCAGCCCCGCCGUCAACGCGUACAAGAAGCCCAUUUUCCACCAGAACAAGAUCCAGAAGCCCAAAGGCCCACCUAAACAGCCGCAGCUGCACUACUGUGAUAUCUGCAAGAUAAGCUGCGCCGGUCCGCAGACGUAUCGAGAACAUCUGGAAGGACAGAAGCACAAGAAGAAAGAGGCGGCUCAGAAGAGCGGCAGUCAGGUGACCAACGGCCCUCGCGGCGUCCAGACGCAGUUGCGCUGUGAGUUGUGCGACGUUUCGUGCACCGGCGCCGAUGCUUAUGCCGCGCACAUUCGGGGAUCCAAGCACCAGAAGGUGGUGAAGUUGCACACCAAACUUGGCAAACCCAUCCCUUCCACGGACCCCGUUUUCGUGAGCUCCGCCUCUGCUGCCACGACGAUGACUACUAGUAAAACGGCGGCGACAGCAGCCGCUCCCACCCCUGCAUCGGUGGCGCAGAAGACGCCAGUGACGGCUCCUUCCAAACCCGCGUCCACUCCUGUGAAAAAACCCACUGCUGCUAAAGUUGCCAUUAUCGGCAGUAGAGCAUCCACAGCAGCUCCGGUAAAGUUGGAGGAGGUGAAGCCGUCCGUGGUCAAGACGGACCCUUCGAGUGAUGAUGAGGACGGUGACUGUGCAGGAGCUCAAGGAGACAUUCAGCCUGUGGGACACGAUUAUGUAGAAGAGGUUCGAAAUGACGACGGUAAGGUGAUUCGCUUCCACUGUAAACUGUGUGAAUGCAGUUUCAACGAUCCCAACGCUAAAGACAUGCACCUGAAGGGACGGAGACACCGGCUGCAGUACAAGAAAAAAGUGAACCCAGACCUCCCUGUGGAGAUCAAGCCCAGCAAUCGUGCGCGGAAGCUUCUGGAAGUCAAACUGCGCAAACAGAAGCAGAAAUCUGUGCUGAAGAGACAGCAAGAGGACGAACAGCGCUGGCACAUGGAAAUGAGGAGAUACGAGGAGGACAUGUACUGGAGGAGGAUGGAGGAGGAGCAGUUAUAUUGGGGCGAGCAGAGGCGCAGAAUGGCUCCGCCCCCUCUAAUGGGCCGGCCUAACAUGCCGGUGCCGCCCCUACUGCCUGUGCGGCGGCCAGAUUCGCCUGACGACCGCCACAUCAUGGCCAAACACUCUGCAAUCUACCCCGUGGAGGAGGAGCUUCAGGCCGUCCAGCGAAUCGUCUCACAUUCUGAGCGCGCUCUCAAACUGGUGUCUGAUUCACUGCUGGAGAAGGAGGCGAGUGCUGUGGACGACGCCGAUGAUGACGUGACGGACAAACAGUCAGAGUCUCAGGCUCGUGUUCUCAAAGGAGUCAUGCGUGUGGGAAUCCUGGCUAAAGGUCUCCUCCUGCGUGGCGACCGCAACGUCCAGCUCAUCCUGCUGGCGGCCAAGAAACCCACCGUCUCUCUUUUGAGGACCGUCGCGGAGCAGCUGCCCAAACAACUAGCGACCUUUUCUGAAGAUCAGUAUGAGGUGCAGGUACACCCUGAGGAAGCCAACAUCGUCAUUUUUUCAAGCAAGGAACCAAAAAUGCAGGUCACCAUCUCUCUUACCUCGCCAGUGAUGCGCGAAGACCCCGUCCCCAACAUGGAGAAAGCGUCAGAGAAAGACCCUCCGGAUGUCCUCAACAGGAUCAAGUGCCUUGAGUAUUUAGCAGCCCUGCGACAUGCUAAAUGGUUUCAGGCUCGGGCAAACGGUCUUCAGUCUUGCGUCAUCAUUAUUCGGGUUCUGCGGGAUCUGUGUCAGCGUGUACCUACCUGGGGCAAGAUGCCCGACUGGGCUAUGGAGCUGCUUGUGGAAAAGGCCAUUAGCAGCGCAUCCAGCCCCCUCAGUCCCGGGGAAGCUCUGCGGAGGGUCCUCGAAUGCAUUGCCACCGGGAUUCUCCUGCCAGAUGGUCCAGGUCUUCUCGACCCCUGUGAGAAAGGUCAAACGGAUGCUCUGGGAAGCAUGUCAAAACAAGCUAGGGAAGACGUGACCGCUAGUGCACAGCACGCACUGCGACUGUUGGCUUUCCGUCAGAUCCAUAAAGUUCUCGGCAUGGGCUCCUUGCCGGCAUCCAAAGCUGGAGCUCGUAACCGCAAGAGGCGACGAGACGGCAGUGAUGCCGGGGAGGGAGAAGCCAACGAAAAGAAGGAUAAAAAAGAUGAUUCUCAAGAUCCUUGAGAUGUCUGUGUAAUCUUCUCAACCUGUUAUGUCCUUUAAAAUGUAUAAAUAUCACUCAAAGAGGAAAAAAUAACACUUGAUCGUUCCGUUUUUUUUUCAAAAGGACGAGGAAUGGAAAAAACGUAGUCGUUCCCCUUUUAUGAUGUAAUAUGUCUUUCUAUUACAUCUGAGCUGAAAAUAGGCUGAAAUACUCAUGAAGUUUAAAUGCAGUGUAUCAGAUGAUGACUGAACGUCGCUACCAAUCAGCGACCCACAUAUAAUAUAAACAGUUAAUGAACGUCACAUUAGAUCUAUUAGGCACUUUCACAUAUUAAUGGCACUUAAUUAAUUAAAAGCUUUAAUCAUCCUGACACAGGCCAGUCUUUUUUAUGUUUACAUAAAAUAUAUAGUGGGGCCCAAAAGUCUGAGACCACAUUGAGAUUUUUAUUUUUCACACAUUUCAACAUGGAAAUAAACAAGUUUUAUGAUUUUGAAAAAUUUAAAACAAUUAUUUAAACAAAAUAAGAAAUAUUUCAGAUCAGAGGUGGCGCCAGGGCUGGGGUUGAGUGUUUUUGUGCAUUUAUCGGAUUUGUACUCUCUUUCAAAUGUGUGCUCGCUUCUCGCUUUCAUUUUCACUUUCAAAUUCGUUCACUUUCAGCAGGGAGCAAGGAAGGGGGGACACGGUAACUCGUUUGGGGGGGCAUGGCCCGCUAAUGCCCCCCCUUGGCGCCAGGCCUGCUUCAGAUUCUACACUAUUUCUCGCUAACUAAUGAAAUUAAGGCAAAUUAAUAACAUUGAAUAUGUAAGCAGAUGGUCAUUUAUGCAAAUUAUGCAGAGAAUUUAAUUAAAAAUAUAUAUAUUUUUGGGGAAAAUGUAAAAGUCUCAGACAUUUGGAUCCCACUGUAUAUAAAACAAAAUAUUUAGACAUAUUUAUAAAUAUAAGUUAUAUUCUAUAUAAUAUUAUUAUAAUGUAUUAUAUAAUAAUAUUAUGUAUGAUGUUAAUGCAAAGAAACUAGUUUCUCUACUGUGUAUCUUCAAAUGAAUUAAGUUUUUAAAUUAAGCGGUUAGUAGUAUUCACUAAUAAGCUGUUAAAAGCGACACGAUUCAGCUUUGUGUGGUUGUUUAUUAACCCGACACUGGAUUUAUACACGUUUAAGUAUCAGAUCUGUAAGCGCUGGAGGACAAAAAUAAAUAAUGUGGUGCGCAAAAAUAGACUUUUGCUUCUCUGCUAUCAUUAUUUUUAUUUGCAUACUGAAUAAUCGCUCAUUUCACAGUGAGAAGCUGGCGUUUUGACAGGGUAUCGAACUGUUGUUCUCUAGCGAACAACGUGAUUAAACAACGUAGAGUCUGUGGUUCUUCACACGUGCCUGCGGUAAAGAUUUAAAGUACUUGAAAUGUGAACAAGGAGGUGAAUUUCCGGUUCUUCAUAUUGCAAUAUAAUAUAAUGUAAUACCUCUCUAUUCUUAAUGUUUUUUAUAUAAAAGUAAAAUCUAACGAGAGAUGCACACUCUUGUGCGGUUUGCUAGAAAGAUUGCUAUUAGUACAAUGAAUUGAUUAUUCAUAUCGCCUGAAUUACGUUCUGCCACCUGUUUUAUGUAUAAUGCAAUCAUUUCCCAACAUUUUUAAAUGUUCCUGCUGAGUGUUUGUUCUUGUUUUGUAGGACUGUGAAAAAUUAUAGUGUGAUCUUUCAUUUGGAAUAUGUGUAGUGCUGCUUAACUAAAUAAACAGAAAAAUGAUCAGA